UUAUAAACAAAAGAACGGAAAAGGCACCAGAUUUACCCCAAUCAGCUGAUUUAAAAGAUUUUUUUUUGUGAUUUUGAACUCUUGUGAAUUAACGAUAUUAUGAGCGAAUACUUGUAAUACUUUGAAUUUACAGUGUCUCGUUUUUAAUUUGAACUCAAGACAGAAAUUUAGUGCUAAUUUUCCAAGAGCUUCCACAAGAAAUCCAUCUUUGUCAACGUGACAGCCAUAAUUCAGUGAUAAAGUAUUUAAAAUAUGCUGUAAAUGUAAUCUCGUGGAUCAUUGCAGGCUGUUAUCAUUGAAUCAUCAGCGCUAAAGUAGGUCGAGUGAAACCGAAGCACGAGAAGGUCAAAAAAUUGUACCAAAACGAUUCAAUACUGAUUGCGCUUCAAACGGACAUUCCCAAAUGUCUACCAGGCAACUAACGAUCCUCUACGGAAGUCAAUCCGGAACGGCACAAGACCUUGCCGAACAAAUAUGGCGGGAUUCCAAAAUGUACCAUCUGAAAGGAUCUGUUUCCGCCAUGGAUGAGUACGAUAUUGGCAAAUUAAUUGAGGAACGGUUCGUUGUUAUGGUUUGCUCCACUUACGGACAAGGUGAGGAACCUGACAAUAUGAAACUGUUUUGGAAAUUUCUUCUCCGCAAAAGUUUACCGCACAAUUCACUGCGCGGAAUGUUCUUCGGAGUGCUCGGACUGGGAGAUUCCAGAUACCCUAAGUUUAACUACGUAGCGAAAAGACUCCACAAAAGGUUGCUGCAGCUGGGUGCAACCGCCCUACUUCCUGUUGGACUGUGCGAUGACCAGCACGACUUGGGAUACGGCGCGGUGUUUAUGCCUUGGAUGACGAAUUUUUGGAACAAAUUGAUUGAGCUGAGUCCAAUUCCCGCCAAUUUGCAGAAACUAGAGAAGAGUCCUCGAGAGUAUCGUUGGGUUGUUGAGCACUUUCCGGGUCCAGCUAGUUUGGAAGUUGAUAUGUACGCCGAGGUGAAAGUAGAAAACUUGUUUGAAACAACUGUCGAGGAAAAUAUUCGUACCACGUCGGAAAAUCAUUUUCAAGAUGUGAGAUUCAUUACUUUUACGAAGAAAAAUGUGAGCUGGAAACCAGGAGAUGUGGUAUACGUUAGACCUCACAAUUCUAAUGAAGAUGUGGAUAAGCUGUUUGAUUUAUUUGAAGAGCAUAAACUUGGACUAAGCAAGGAUGCCGUGAUCUCAGUAAAAGAAAUCGAUUCCGAAAUGCCGGUUCCCAACAUCCUUUGUAAACCGCUACCCCUUGAAGUAAUUGCACGACAGUACUGGGAUUUAACGGCUGUUCCCCGUGCUCGCGCCUUUGCAGUGCUAGCGCGCACGUGUCUUAAUGAGCUAGAAUGUGAAAAGUUACAGGAAUUUUCUAGUUACGAGGGCCAAGAAGAACUUUUUUCGUAUGCAAAUCGUCCCAGGCGAACCAUUUUGGAGGUACUCCAAGAUUUUCCACAUGCCACUGAGGCACUUACUCUGGCGUCUCUGUUCGAAUUGUUCCAACCUAUCAAACCUAGGGCUUUCUCUAUUGCAUCAUCGGAGGCCAGUGGUAAAUUGCAGAUCCUGGUAGCCGUAAUCGAAUAUCACACGAAGCUUAAGGAACCUAGAAAAGGUUUAUGUUCGAACUGGUUGAAACGCUUACAACCAGGAGAAAAACUAAGAGUCUGGACGAGAAAAGGAACUUUCCAGCUCCCUACUGACCCAAUGAUCCCUAUUGUGAUGGUUGGUCCGGGGACCGGUUUGGCACCUUUUAGAUCGAUUUUACAGGAGAGAGAAUUACUUGCAGACUGUCGAAAAAGUGGUCCUCUGAUUCUUUUCUUUGGGUGUCGUAAAUCCGCGGCCGACUUUCACUGCGAGGAAGACCUACGACGCAUGGAAAAUUGUGGGCUUCUUACGCUUUUCUGCGCCUUUUCUCGUGACCAAGACGAAAAAAUAUACGUGCAACAUCAGAUCAAAACACAGGGUGAUUUGUUGAAGAAAGCUUUAAUGGAUCAAAAUGGGAUAUUUCUGUUGUCGGGAAGCUCCAAGAAUAUGCCUGAAGCUGUGCGGGAAGCAUUAGGUGAAGCAAUUGGGAGUGCUUUGUACGUUGAAGAUAUGAUAAAAAGCGAACGAUAUCAAGAAGAAACGUGGGCUUAAAUCUUCUUUAAUGUAAAUUUUUUUUUCUUUCUAUUUAAAUAUCAAGAAAUAAAAUUGUAAAUAAAUCC